AUGGAUUUGGAUUUGUUGUUGAGGGGUUUUGAUUACACAAGGAAACAGAGGAAGUGGCUUCUGUUAUUGGGUGGAUUGGGGUUUACCAGCUAUGGAGCUUACAAAGUCUAUAACUCGCCCUCUGUGGCAAAGAAGAGGGAAAGAUUAGCUAAGGUCUUAGGCGCCCUUUUUGCAGUGGCUGAAAUGGUUUCUGAUUCAGCUGAAGCAAUUGGGGUGGUGUCUAAAGAUGUAAAGGAGUUCUUGCGGUCUGAUUCUGAUCAAAUUCCCAAUAGUUUGAAGCAAAUCUCGAAGAUAACACGGUCAGAUGAGAUGUCAGAGUCUCUGGCCAGGAUCACUACUGCUUUGACUGUAGGAUUCUUGCGGGGUAACAGGCAAGAAAGUCAGAGGGGUACUGUUGGUUCUGUUAGCAGGAGGUGUGAUUUCUCUGACCGGGUUUUGGAUAAGCUUUUCACGGAAGAAGGAGCUGGUUUUGCUUCCAUUAUCGUUGGAAGUUUUUCACGGAAUAUGAUUUUGGCUUAUUGCUCGAGUAAGCAGCUGAAUGGUUCUCCAACUGCUGCCCAUCUAGUUUUGGAAUCCAACUCUACUCCAACGUGGGCUGAUGUGCUGGCUGAGGAUAAAUGUAGAGAGCUGAUCGGUAAUUGUGUUCAAACGUUUGUGAGCACGGCUGUUUCUGUUUUUCUUGACAAAACAAUGCACAUUAAUACCUAUGAUCAGCUCUUUUCUGGGAUGACAAAUCCCAAGCAUGAAGCCCAAGUGAAGGAGAUGUUAUCAUCAAUAUGCAAUGGCGCUGUCGACACUCUUGUCAGGAGCACUCACCAAGUUAUGGCCAGUUCAGGCAGUGAUACCACUCAAAAAUCGAAAUUUCUUCCCACUGAAUUUGGGCAAAGUCCAAGUAAGGAUGACAGAGUAGGACUUAUUCCGCGAAGGUUUAUGCCAUUUGGAUCGAAAUCGGGCAAGUUAUCGAAUGGUAACCAAGAUGAUGGAUGGAUGAAGAGGAUGACUUCUACUCUGUCUAUACCAAACAAUAAGAAAUUUGUGCUUGAUAUUACUGGAAGGGUGACUUUUGAGAGUGUCAGAUCUUUUCUGGAAUUCCUACUUCAAAAGAUACUCGAAUGCAUGAGAAGAAGUGUGGAUAUUAUACAUGAAGAGGUUGUGGACAGGGGAAUUGAAGUGGUUCAACAUGUGGGCAGGACAUCUUCUGCAGUAGUUAGUAUUUGCCUUUCUUUAUGUUUGCAUAUAUUGAAUGGUCCCUGGAUCUUAGUUCCAUCAUCAGUUCUUUGA